GCGUCGCACCAGCUCUGUGAGUGGAACUGUCUCCGUGGCGCAUGGUGCUGAAAGUGCCGCUCCACGCAUCAUGUGGUCGGUGAUGUUCGUCUUCCUGUCCUACCUGGACAGAAACCUGGUGAGAGGACAGAUCCUGGACGCGGACAAGGAGAACAAAGAGAUGUUCUCUGUCAUCAACGGGACGUUGUGCGCCAAGAUGAGCGCGUUCGGGGAGAACUUUCUCUAUCAGGUGUCGGACGGAGCGGAGGUAGUCCGGUCCGUGGUGAGUCCCGGCGGGAAGCUGGUCCACUGCUCCAUCACUGUGGACCAAAUCGAGGUGAAGACCUUCACGAAGGAGUGCGGGUCGGGACUGAAGGAGCGCCGGACGCUGGCGCACCUGGGGGAGAAGUUGGUGCGCAUGGAUGAGGCCAAGAGAGCGUGCGAGGAGUCCGACCUCUCCGGCGGGAUGGAGAAGAACGCAGGGGGACUUUCUGAGGACGUUUUAAAGAGGUCCAAGAGGGGCUUCACCUACCCUGGAACCCUGUGGUGCGGAGCUGGGAACAUGGCUGACACGUAUGAGCAGCUGGGGGAUUUUGCUGCGACCGACAGCUGCUGCCGCACACACGACCACUGCCCUCACGUCAUCCACGCCUUCUCCUCCAAAUACGGAUACACAAACUUCAAGUGGCACUCCAUCUGUCACUGUGACUGCGAUGAGACGUUGAAAGCUUGCCUCAGGAAAGUCAACGACACUUCCUCCAGAGUGGUGGGUCAGGCCUUCUUCAACGUCAUUGGAGUUCCUUGCUUCAAGCUCAAGUAUGAGCGGCAGUGUGCAGAGAGGCACUGGUAUGGCAUGUGCAAGCGAUACGAGACGUUUCCUGUCGCCGUGAUCAAAGAGGCAGUCCCAUACGACUACGGCGGCAUCGCCGUCAUCGAUAAGCUGACGUUACGGCCUCCCAAAAAAGAAGAGGCGGAGAAACCUGAGAGCCCGACUCAACCCACCGUGUCAGGACCGGAGGAACCCUCCCUGGGGAACAUGGUCACGGCCGCGGAGGACUUCAUCAAGGUCCUUGCAACCGUCUCCACAUCCCAAAGUUCUGCCACGGACUCCGACAAGAGCGAGUCGCAGACCUCGGAGAAGAAGAAGAAGAGGAAGAACAAGGGCAAGAAGAAGAAGAAAACAAAGAAGCGGAAAGGUAAAGGCGCGAAGAGGGGGCAGAAAGUUGCCCAAACUGAGGAGGGGGCAGCAGUUUCGAAGGCAGAGGAAGCGGUGCUGAGCAACUUCAUCAGCGAUUCGCAGAAGCACGAGUCUAGAAAUUCCUUCGUCAAGACUGAGCUGGAGCUGGCUGGAAAAGAGGAGGCCUCGAAUGAAGUCAUGAAAGAUGAACCAGCCAAAGAUACCGCGGCGGAUGAACCCACACCUUUGUCUCGAGUUUCACCUAAAAAGAAACACCCAAAAAAGGGGAGGAGAAAGACCCCAAAACCUCUGAGCUCAACUGAAGUGGUCGAAUCCGUGACAAACACAACAGACCGCUCCACCACAACCUCUGUCCCGACAAUGAGCCCGGGAGCACCGGGCUUCACUGAAAAGAAUGGUGUCAUUAGUGAAGCCACUUCUCCCAGCGACACCCACAAAAGCAAAAGAAUCAGGUCAAAGGACAGGGGAGACCGCGAGAGGAGGAAGAAAAGGAGGAAGAUCAGCUCGGAUCCUCCUUCAGAGACCCUCAGGAAUUCCUCAACAGAAGAUCAGAAAGUCAUCCGUCUCUCUGAGGACCCCACCAGAAUACCUAACCCUACCACAGAGGUCCCCCCCAGCCCCCACGUGUACACACAGAUGUACUUCAGAACAUCGUCCAGUCCUCUCAAGAAGCUGCACUCUAAGAAGAGGGGGGGCAGAAAUAAGAGGAAAAAAACUGUUUCCCCAGACACUUCAGAUGUUCCGGGUCCAAAUCUAGAGUCGUCCGACGCCACACACAGCCGUCCAUCAACAAGCAACCUAAGACCGAGUGGGACAGUCAGAAAACAAAGGAGGAAGAAAGUCGCCUCUGCUGCUCACACAACCCCUGCGCUGGACCUCCCCACCACUCAAGAGCCAAACCUGAAGACGGGCCUGAGAACCAGCGCUGCCACUCAGCCGCCCAUGAGCCCGGUUCAGAUUUCACUGGAGAGAGCGAGAGAGCAGUUCUCCUGGAAGAAGAGGAGGAAAGCGGCAGUGCUCUCCAGGCAACAAGCGUAGCAUGUCCGCUACACCAGAGUCCCUUCAGUCUGUCUCGCAGCUUCUUCAUUUGAAUCACACACCUGCAGGAGCGACUUACGAUUGUAUCCAGCAGCACCGCAUGACUUCAAUAAAUGAUGAU